CGCCAAGAGGAAGGGCAGCAAGGCGGCGGGGCUAAGGCCCGCGCAUCCAUCCCGGAGGUGUCUGCGGGAACGCGGAGGCCGCGCAACCAGCGAAGCUAAGCUGCGGGGAAGGUAAAAGAAUGUGUGCAGGAUACAGCUGUAAGAUCUUAAGACAGACGGACAGUCAGUGGCAAGAGCAUCACAACGGAUGGCAUUUGACUGUGAAAUUCUCUUAAAUAUUUGGAGUCCAGAGAAUUGAGAAAAGGAGCUCAUCUGAAGAGAGGAAGUGGCUUAUGUUCUCCUGCCAUACCAUUGAUGGAGGACACAUGGGCAGCAGAAUGGCAGAUCACUUUUCUUUCUAAAUCUUUGAAGAAUUCAAUCUUAACUUUUUCUGGAAUCACUUUAGGUGUUUUAGUACAUUCUCCCCAGGCUCUUCUCAUAUAAACGAAACACAGUUGUUAACACUGGCAAAAAUGAGUGCUGAAGGAUACCAAUACAGAGCCUUGUAUGAGUACAAAAAAGAACGGGAAGAAGAUAUUGACUUGCAUGUGGGGGAUGUAUUAACUGUGAAUAAAGGGUCCUUAGUAGCACUUGGAUUCAGUGAAGGGGAAGAAGCAAAGCCUGAUGAAAUUGGUUGGCUAAGUGGCUAUAAUGAAACAACAGGGGAAAGAGGGGACUUUCCAGGAACUUAUGUAGAAUAUAUUGGGAGGAAAAGAAUUUCACCUCCUACACCAAAACCUCGUCCACCCCGGCCCCUUCCUGUAGCUCCAGGCUCUUCAAAACUGGAAACAGAUAAUGAGCAACAAGGUUUUACGCUUCUAGAUCUCACAGAGCAGUUUUCUUCUCCUGCGAUUGCUCCACCAGUCCUUAUUAAAUUAGUGGAAGCUAUUGAAAAGAAAGGCCUGGAAUGUCCAACUUUGUAUAGAACCCAGAGCUCAAGCAGCAUAGCUGAACUCCGGCAGCUUCUUGAUUGUGAUGCCUCUUUGGUGGACUUUGAUGUGAUUGAUGUACAGGUCCUAUCAGAUGCUUUCAAGAGGUAUCUCUUGGAUCUGCCAAAUCCUGUCAUUCCAGGGACAGUUUACAGUGAAAUGAUUUCUGUAGCACAAGAACUACAGAGCACCGAAGAGAAUGUCCAGAUGCUAAAGAAGCUUAUGAGGACUCCUCACAUACCUCAUCAGCAUGGGCUCAUGCUUCAGUAUUUGCUAAAACAUUUCUUCAAACUCUGCCAGGCCUCUAGCAAAAAUCUUUUGAAUGCAAGAUCUCUCUCUGAAAUUUUCAGCCCUAUGCUUUUCAGAUUUCCAAUCACAGGCUCUGAUAAUGCCGAACACCUCAUAAAAACGAUAGAACUUUUGAUCUCAAGUGAAUGGAAUGAGCGACAGCCUGCACCAGCACUGCCUCCCAAGCCAUCCAAACCCACUACUGUAACAACUAACAACGGUAUGAAUAACAAUAUGUCCUUACAAGAUGCUGAGUGGUACUGGGGAGACAUCUCAAGGGAAGAAGUAAAUGAAAAGCUGCGUGAUACAGCAGAUGGUACCUUUUUGGUCCGAGAUGCUUCCACUAAAAUGCAUGGGGACUAUACUCUGACACUUAGGAAAGGAGGAAAUAAUAAAUUAAUCAAAAUAUUUCAUCGAGAUGGGAAAUAUGGCUUCUCUGACCCACUGACUUUCAACUCUGUGGUUGAACUAAUAAACCACUACCGGAAUGAAUCUCUAGCUCAGUAUAAUCCCAAACUGGAUGUGAAAUUACUUUAUCCAGUAUCCAAAUACCAACAGGAUCAAGUAGUAAAAGAAGAUAGUAUUGAAGCUGUAGGAAAGAAAUUACAUGAAUAUAACACUCAAUUCCAAGAAAAAAGCAGAGAAUAUGAUAGAUUAUAUGAAGAUUAUACUCGUACAUCUCAGGAAAUCCAAAUGAAAAGAACAGCAAUCGAAGCAUUUAAUGAAACAAUAAAGAUAUUUGAAGAACAGUGCCAAACCCAGGAACGGUACAGCAAAGAAUACAUAGAAAAGUUUAAACGUGAAGGAAAUGAAAAAGAAAUACAAAGGAUUAUGCAUAAUUAUGAAAAGUUAAAGUCUCGAAUCAGUGAAAUAGUGGAUAGUAGACGAAGGUUGGAGGAGGAUUUGAAGAAGCAAGCAGCUGAGUAUCGAGAGAUUGACAAGCGGAUGAACAGCAUUAAACCAGAUCUCAUUCAACUGAGGAAGACAAGGGACCAAUACUUGAUGUGGUUGACUCAGAAAGGUGUCCGACAAAAGAAAUUGAAUGAAUGGUUGGGCAAUGAAAAUACAGAAGACCAAUAUUCAAUGGUGGAAGAUGACGAGGAUCUACCGCACCAUGAUGAGAGAACGUGGAAUGUGGGAAGCAGCAACAGAAGCAAAGCAGAGAACCUCUUGCGCGGCAAACGGGACGGCACUUUCCUGGUCCGAGAGAGCAGCAAACAGGGAUGCUUUGCUUGCUCUGUAGUGGUGGAUGGUGAAGUAAAGCACUGUGUGAUAAACAAAACGCCGACUGGGUAUGGAUUUGCAGAGCCAUAUAAUUUGUACAACUCUCUGAAAGAAUUGGUGCUCCAUUACCAACACACGUCCCUCGUCCAGCACAACGACUCUCUCAAUGUCACCCUAGCCUACCCAGUCAAUGCACAGCAGAGGCGAUGAAGAGAUCAUACUGUAUCUUUACCUAAAAGUUCCACAACACUGAGGCCUCUGGAAAGCAAAGGGCUCCCCUUCCUCCCCACCUCAGCCUAACCUGUGAUUUUGAGCUGCAGAAACAAAGCUGUCUGUCUUCAGAUAGGACUAGAGCUUUCUUCGGGAAAAAUAAAAGGACGCGGGGGGAGAAUGCAGCCUUGUGCUGUGACCGCACGUUUCUAAUCCGGAGUGAUGGUUUUUUUUUUUUUUUUUUUGUUUUGUUUUUUUGUUUUUUUGUUUUUUUUUUAAUUUAAAAAAAAAACAUGAAGAGGAAAAAAAAAUGCUAAAUCUCUGCCUGCAGGGACAUAGAGGCCUUUAACUAACAUGGUGCUUGUUUACGCUUUCUGAAGCUUUACCAGCCUGACGUUUGGACUGUGUGAACCGAGGGGCAGGCAGGGCUCAGCAGCCCUGCUAUGAGAAUUGAUCAGUCCAGCCUGGAUUGGAUUUUGGAAAGCCACUGUGCUCGGUGGACCCAGACAUACAGCACUGUGGAUUAUUUCAUUUUUCUGAUGAAUGAAUGAAUGAAUAUGUAGCAGAAAGACACUUCCACUUAAAAGGACACUUUAAGAGGGACACUUUAAGAGGGACACUUUAAGAAAACUUUGGUUUUGUGUCUGUUCAGAAGAAUUGCUAUAGUAGCCAAGUGCCAGGAAGUGUUUUGUUUAGACUUUAAAACAAAACAAAACAAAACAAAAAACCGGAAAAAAAAUCACCACCAACAAACCACCCAGUUUGGAGAAAUCAAGCUUGGAGAGAAAUAAGACUUUAAGUGAAAUACAGUAUAUAUAUAUAAUAUGUACAUAAUAUCGGAUGACUAACUAUCGAAUAGAUGGCUCCUAUCAAAACCAAACAAGCUUCUCUUUUCAUUGUUUUGCUGAAGGCUAAAUCCUUAGUGCUAUGCAAUUCUUCCUUUUCAUUAAGUUGUAUUUCAAUUUUAAAUGUACCUUCAGAAUAAGCUCCCCCUCUUCCAGGUUUUGUUGCUUGAAAAUGUUGUUUCCCCUGAUUUUUUAUUAAUAUUCAUUUUGUUAUUUUUUUUUAAAGAGAAAUGUACAGGUUGCCAGUAAAAAUUGGCUUCAGAAUUAAAACUGAAAUAUUUUACAAUUUUCCUUGUACAGAAUACUUGGCUGUUAGCCCAAGGUUAAAAAGUUCAUAACAGAUUUUUGGACUAAAUGUUUUGUUGGGCAGUGCCUGAUAAGCUUCAAAGCUGCUUUAUUCAAUAAAAAAAAUAUAUGAAUAUUACAAAAUAUCAUUGAAGUCCAACAACAUUGUUUUAAGACUCUCUGAAAAAUACGGUACCUAAUGAUGUUUAUUUAAAAAAACAUUGUAAACUUCUUGUAUUUGAUGGGGUGGGGUGAAAAGGGGAAAGAUGGGUGAGAAGGGAAAGAUAAUUUGCACCUUCUUCCCUUAAUGAUUGCAGAGAACAAAUGAUGUAAUUUGUUUUAGGUUUUUCCAGAUCCUUUUGAUUUAUUACUCAUAGCCAAUAAAUGAUAGUCUAACCAACCACUGUAACCCUUAAGCUUCACCCAGCUGGUCAGAUAUUUCAGUUUUUAGGAAGCAAAUUUCUUAAGUAUGUUUUUUUAUUCAUAGAAAAAUACCUAAGUUUGUUUGGACACCUAUUUAUGGUCACUUAAAGGUGAGCCUUUAAGUGUUAUUCUUUCAGAGUUAAGAUUCCCAUUUUCUAAAAUGAUUAGAAGGGAAGGCAGGUUCUAAAACAACAUUUUAACUGUGGUGGCACCAGGUAUAUUCCAGCUGACCAUUUUUGGGGGUACAAGAACCAAAGACAUGUCAUCAUCAUCGCCCACAUUGCAUCAGUGGUAUGACCAUUCCAGAAUUCUUGGCACUGCUUUUUCACCAAUUAUCCAUAUAAUUGUGUCUUACUUUGCUGGAAGCAAUAGGAAUAAUCUAGUAAAGUUGUCCUUCCAAUUUUAGGGUAGGUAAAGGUCUAUUUUCCUUAAUUUACAUAUAUAAAAUCUGUUUUGUUUAAUAGGAUUUAUAUAUGUACUGAGAGGAAUAAAUCCUAGUAGAUUCUCUCUGGUCACUGUCCAAGCUAAUUAACACAAAAGUCUGGAGACAUUAUUUUAACUUUGGAAGUGCUGUUAAGAGAUUGGUUAAAUUCAUCUACACUUCAUUUGCCUCUCCACUUCUGCUUCUGUGAAAGUUUUUAAGUUGCUUUUGGAAACCAGCAAUUGACUUUGUUUUUCUGCGGAAUGUUAUAUCUUUCUCAAACUGAAAUAUUUCACAUAUUUAAGACCAAAGUUCACUCAUGUCCAAGACUGUCAGUCCUAAAAUUUAAUGAGCUUUUUUUUUUUUUUCUGAGCUAUAUAAAACUAUGAUCAUUCCCUUCUCUUCAGAUGAAUUAGAAUUCAUCUGCAGUAAAUUCUUUAACAAUCUUUCUUUGUGAUCCCUUUGGGGGGUGAUAUGAGUAGAUAAAAUCUCAUGUGUCACAAAAGUAUAACAGUAUAUGGUAGUUAAACUAGCUUUCAUUGUAACCCAGAUAUAGCAAGCGAAGAAAUAAAGAUGGAUCAGAGAUGAAGUACAUUCCGUAGGCAAACACACAAGAACAAAAUUGCUGUUUUUAAUUCUAAGAAUUUUUCUUAAUAUGAUUUCAGUGGAAAUGUUGAUAUUCCAACAUUUGCUUUCCUUGUAGCUAACAAGCACAUUUGCAGAAGUUACUAUUAUUAUUAAAUAAUGAGGCAGAAUUCAUAGCAACAUAUCAUAGCAAGUUAUGCCAUAUAUAUGAUAUUACAGCUCUGCCAAAUGCCUCUCUGAUUGCUGAGUAGCAUGCCCAUCAUAGUUGUACUUCCAGACAUUUCACCAGCAUUCUGCAGUGUCCUUUCAGUUAAAUCCAAAAGUCAGUGCUAACAAAAUCCAAAUUGAAGCUUCCUGUAGACAUUAAAUGUUGACAUAUAUUAGAGCUACUUCUGAGAACUGUUUUAUUCACCUUAUUUUUCCCAUCCAUGUGAUAUCCCUAGAAAGGAAAGCUAAAAACUAAGGUACAAAGAUGCCAUUAUAGGGCUGUAGGAAUGGGAGCAUUGGUCCUCAUUCUCAUUACACGGGAAGGAAGGAAGGAAGGAGAGAUCAUAAGUACAUGUAAAAACAAAAAAGCAUGUUUUUGAAUCAUCUUACAACUUAGACUUGAGACCCAUAUAUAUAUAUAUAUAGUUAUAUAUAUAUAGUUAUAUAAAUAUAUAUUCACAUAUGUGCAUGGACUGUGUUUUCAGUGCACCUUUCAGCAAAAAAGAUACACAAUCAUUGCGUUCAUUCAAGCACAUAACCAUCCAAACUUCUAAGAACAAUUGUGUAUGUGUGUGUUUUAAAGGUUUUGUUAGUUUUGUUCUACAAUGGUGAAAAUUGUUUGCAAGUGAAAUGAGAAGUACAGUAAUUCUCUUGCUCUUUUUUCCCCUUUUGAAAAAAAAAAUACUAACUCCUUGCAGGCUGGUCUGGAUGAAUCUCAGCUGAGAAAUCCUUGUCCAAGUGUGUAGAGUCAAAAUGUGUCAUUGUGAGCUGUUGCUGUGGGGAAUCCGUGGCUUUGUUUUGUAGCUGGUUAUGAGUUAUUGUGCUUGGGAUGUCCUACUGAUGUCCCUCCUUGGGAGGGACUCAUUGCUGGUUGUAACAACUGUGCUUUUGUUAUGCAUGGUAUCCAAGUCAGUUAGGAAGUAGACCCUGGUAGCUGUGUAGGUUCAGGGUCUUAUAAGAGAGGGGCAGUUCAAAGCACAAUGCCUCCCAUGGGACAAAGUUUCAAAAUGCCAAAUUUUUCUUAAGAUAAGACCUCCAGCUGGUGGGGGUAGGGGUGGGGUUGUUAUCCUAGAAGAAGAUGGGGUUAGGAUCAAUUGAAAAGAAUAUCCAUGUUACUGUUACACGUGUCACCAUGAGAGAGAGCAUUAGCUGCCCAGGAUGCUGCUAUUUAAUUUUUUUAAAAAAAAUUAAAGUUCAUUUUUCUUGUUACUUUGUUUAAAAAAGCUUUGUUCAAUGUUUUUACAAAAAAAAUUAUAUUGUUAAAAUAAAGUUGGUCUUUGACGAGAGGGAGGAAAUAUGGUAGUCAGUUGUAAUUUUGCCUUUACAAGGCAAUGGGGUGGGGGUGCUGGGGAAGUGUACCUCCUUGAAAUUUUGUUCAAGCUCUAGAUUUGAUGGCUCUGUGUCUUGUUUAAGUUGCUUUUGAUGCAUUGUAUUAGGUCUUCAAAAAGAAUAAAGGUUGUUUUGAAACAA